UCGAGGCCGGGACUCCGAGCACAACACAGCUCGCGCGUCUUUAAGAUCGGGAUCCGCCGCCGCCGCCUCUCCCUGCCUCCGGCGCGUCCCCCUCCUCCCCUCAAACCCUAGCCCGCCCAUGGCGUCAUCGCCUCUGCCGCCGGCAGGCCCUUCCUCCUUCUAUCCAAGCGGGGGCGAGCUCGCAUCCUUCCCGAACCCGUGGCUCGAAUGGGAGGGAACCGGCCACCGCCUCCUCUCUCCCUACCACUCGCCUCCACCGCCGCAAACCCUAGCCCAUGGCGUCGCCGCCGCCCCCCUCCUGGCCCCUGCCCCCUCACCCACCACGCCUCCGCCCGUCGCGUCGCCUCCUCCUCCUCCUCAGCCCGCGCCCGGCUUCGCCUUCUGCCCGACCGACAGCGAGCUCGUCUCCUUCUACCUCCGCCCAAGAAUCUCCGGCCAGCCGCUCCCGGACGCCGCUAAGCGGUUCUUCCACGAGGCAGACGUGUACGCCACAGACCCCGCUUCCCUCGUCGCCGGCCGCCUGCCGGGCCCGGCGAGGGCUCAGGGGGAGAGCAAGAACUGGUACUUCUUCAGCCUCGUGAAGCCCAGGAGCGCCCAGGACAGCCGCAAGUGCCGGAUCGUCGGAGGGGGCAAGGGCACAUGGAAGCAAGAGCGAGGGAACGACGUCGUCGGCGCCAAGGGCCGCGCCGUCGGGCGCCUGGAGAGGUUCACGUACACGCCCAACCCCAAGGAAGACAAGAAGCCGCCGGAGUGGCUCAUGACGGAGUUCAGCGUCGAUCAACACGACGACGGCGGCCAGCCGAGGCCGGUUCUUUGCCUCUGCAAGAUCUACCAGAGCCCGCGGUUCCUCAAGUCCGCCUCCAAGAACUCGGCGUCCGCGCGCAAGAGGAAGGCCGCCGCGGACGAAUCACCCGCCGUCAAGCGGCAGCUCCUGUUUCCGGCGCCCCCUCCCCCACCAAUUCCGUUGCUGCCCGUCCUGUUUCCUCCGCCCCCUCCUCCCGCACCAAAUCUGCCGGCCGAAGACGACGUCUGGGCGCACAUUGGUGCGGACCCAGAGUUGAACUUUAGCUUGGAAGAGUUCACCGCUCCCUGGCCUUGCUCAAUGACGGCAGCGGCGCCGUCUCUGCUAGGAUCCGGCCAUGGAAGUCAGUGCGCUUAACAGAGUUCUUACAUACAAAGGCCAUCUCUGAAGAUGUUCCUCUCCUCUACUCCUUCAGUUACCCAAGGGCUGAUAGUGACUCCUCUCAACGGCUGAGAUCUCACCAACCGCUUUGAUUAAGUCGCUCUAGUUAAACUAGUGAUUGCCUUUACUGUUAUUAUGGUUAUUGUUUGCUAAAAUCAAACCCUGGCCAUUAUAACUCUACAGCGUAUACUCCAUGACAAUAUAUCAUGGCUCAAUUUUGGGAGCAAUUACUUUUGAGGGAAUUACUUUUUGUCUUCUGACCCGCGAAUUACUUUUGGCUCUAGGUUGUGUUUCUGUGAUGGAAUUACUGUUUGCUAUCAAAAUUAGGACAAGAUACAUAUGUACCCAGUGCUCCACUGUUAAGCUUGAUGCCAUCUUGUGUUGGGCAAUGUGAUUCUUAAGUUUGAUUUGAUGCUAUCUUGUGUUGCACAAUGUGGUUCUUAAUUUCUGCAGUAGAUAAUGUGGUUCUUAAGUAUGAUGCUAUGUUGUGUUGCACAAUGUGGUUCUUAAUUUCUGCAGUAGAUAAUGUGGUUCUUAAGUUUGAUGUUACUUGUGUUUCAUCUUUUCUGAAUUUAGCACUGCAACUGAAUCCUUGAAUAUAUGCUGUAUCCUGUUGUUCUCCAUAAGUUUUAUUAAUUCUGCAAGAUCUUUGUUCUAGGCUAGAAAGAGGCAUAAUUUGCUUACCGGGGGUCUGGAACUACUGUAUGCUGCAGCCGGAGUCAUGAAUGUUCAUCUGUUUUUUGUAAUGCUCCCAGGCGUCUAUGAUUCACCCCUUGUACUCCUUCCUUUUUUAACUUGUUCGUUGUUGCAUUACUGCAGAAUGGUCACGAUUUGUAGCACGAUUGCCGUCAUGAACUGAAGAUGUGCUUUGGCAGCUCACCAUGGCUACUAAGAACUUAAGAUGUGCUUUGCUUAUAAAAAAGAUCCUGACACAAUUUGGGUUUUGUAGUUUCAGUUGUUUUUGCCUGACAAGGCAUUACUUUAACAUAACAUAUACUCCGUAUUUUGUUGGGAGGAUACAGGUGUUGCUCAUUGUUUGAUUUCUGGGCGUUACUCCAGAAUGAUCUAACACAAUCUGUAGCACGGUUGCACAUAAAACUUUGUGACACAAUAUGCAGUUAUUAUUUCUAAAUGAGUCAGAUGAUUACAUGUUUUUGCUGGACAGGUGUUUUAAAUUUUCUGGAACUUGGAAGAGAGACCAGACUGACCAAUGGGUAACAGGUAGUCAGGUACUUUACAUGCACAGCUGCUAGUUCUCUGCUCUCACAACCGUGGGCAUAUAAAUUCUUCACCACCUCCGCUCGAACUGCUGAUACGAUCGUGGGACUUGUUGUUCGAUUUUGUUCUCUGAAGAAGAAACGGUGCUUCAUUUGAGCUCUUGUGUAGCAAUAGUUCAGCAUUGACAGCUGUUUCUCCUGCCGACAUGGAUAUACAUGUGCAGAGUUGCAAUUAUGUAGGAAUCAGUGAAGCUAGCUGAGUUGCAGUUGGUUUAGAAGAUCGGGCUGUAAAUUCUUAAGAGUUAGGAUUGCAGUUAUGUAUGAUGCUACAAUUUUGAUCCUGGUGCAGCUGUGAAAGAAAAGUGGGAUUGAACUAUCAGAUCAAAUGAAAACACCCAAGCAUGUGUAUGUUACCGCAGGACUAAUUUUGGGCUGUAAAUUCCUAUAUGUUAUAUAAUUCAAUUUUCUUCAUGCAUCUAUUGU